ACUGUACAACCAGAUUUGAGUACGAUCCAGUGAUCGUCGACGUCCUCGACCUCUUGAAAAAUCAUCGAAGUAACGUUAGUUGCAUUGUCUUUAUGUACGAAUGUAUGCUCGCGCUCGUCCAUGACGUGAGUUUCACUCUCACGUACGAGGCAACUCCAAUUCUUGGCUUUGUGUCUUGCUGUAAUGCCCUCUAAGUAUUGCUAUCUCGCUGCUUGUUUACGGCGAGGUCGCAGGUGGAGUCAAAUCAGCGGAGUUGUUGAAUGAUAUGGCAAGCCGUCAUAUACCAGAUCCUCUUGGUUUUGGAACUGGUUCGAAACAAGAGCUUGGAUCGCCUGUUCCUUCCAAAAAUUCUUCUGUGAACGGUGUGCAGCUGAAGAGAACAAGGUUGGGCAUGUAUAGGGAUAACGUCGAUGAAAUGCCUGAGGAUGAGAGCAGCAAUGGCCAGCAGUUUGGACUCAAUUCGUCCUCCUUGCUUUUUGGCACCAGUGAGAAGGAUUUCAAUUCUAUGUAUACCCAAAGCCAGGCUGCAACAUCAGGAUACUAUGGCCUUGGUGGUGCAUAUAAUAGCAAUGGAUCCCUCAGUAGUGCAUCAGCACACAAUACAGUGUCGGCUACAAACACUGGCAGUAUGGGUAGUCGUGGUGCCCAGUUCGCCGGCACGAGCAGCCGUAGUUCCACCCAGGCACACACAUCCAAUAGUGGUUCCAUGCCCACCAAUCCACUGAGCACACAGAGUUCUGUACCAAGUAUGACAGGCAAUGGCAUGUCUAGCCGCAGCAUCCUGUCUCCCUCUGCGAAUGGGAUGGGGCCACAAAGCCAGUUCACUUUCAACGCAACGGGAACUUCUGCGAGUUUGCCCAUGAAUAAUCAGCCUAAGUUGUCGCGGAGUAUGUCUGUAACAGCAACAAGCCAGUCAACCAGUAACGCAGGGUUUUCUGGCCAGAUCCGUUUGCAGCAAAACGCCACGUCCACAGGGUUUGAGAACCGGCCGUUCGUCACGCAACAGUCACAGCCAUCUAGUUUGGAAUCUCAAUCUCUGGACCCGUCGGAAUUUCCUGUGGUGGGACGUUCGAAUGGCCGCCGGCCCCAGAGCCAGGCAUCGGCAACGUCCGGGUUAGCGUCGGGAACAGCACCCAUACCACCCAGGAACUAUGGCAUCGCGUCUAAGCCGCGACAAGAACAGGAAUUCACCAUGGUCAGUGAGGAUUUCCCGGCACUGCCCAGCUCCGGCAACUUCAAGCCAGGCAUGUCAGAAACGGGAGACAAUGGCAAGCUGUCGCAGAGCAUGUUCCCGAUGAAUAUGUCGUCUUCCUCUGCUUUUGGCGGCAUGAAUCUGAGCAGUAGUGUUGGCGGCGACAGUUUUCGGAUCACGGGCAGUAUACCGAUUGAUUCAAAUCACCAGGACGCACACCCCAGAUCGUCGAACGUAGGUGUAAUAGGUCAGCGACCUGCGAAAGGAACGUAUCACAGUUCUGAGCUGCCUGCUCAGCAGGCUCCGUCUGGAUUGCAGUCACGUAUGGGUCCGGGCAUACAGACGACAUCAGACGGCGUGAUCACGAACGUGCCGCAGGGCAUGGUAAAGGACCAGUUUGGCCUGAUAGGGCUGCUCACGUUCAUACGCGUAGCGGAAAACGAGCCGAACUUGGUGUCGCUGGCGCUGGGCAGCGACCUAACCACGCUGGGCUUGAAUCUCACAUCCCCCGACACCUUAUGUAGCUCAUUUACAUCACCGUUCUCCGAUGGCCCUACACGCCCGCAGGAUAUCGACUUUGGCGUGCCAGAGGAAUACAACACCAACAACUUGAUUCGGGAUAAACUGGCGCCUAUCAAGCUCCAUCGUUACGGUGAAGAUCUGCUAUUCUACUUGUACUAUCACAGCUCUGGAGACCUUCUUCAACUUGCGGCGGCUGCCGAGCUCUAUCAGAGAGACUGGAGAUAUCACAAAGAGCAGAAAGUGUGGUUGACACGAGCGACGGGCAUGGAUACACCGCUGACAGUGAAGAACACGCUCUACGAGACUGGACGCUACUACGUGUUUGAUGUGACGACGUGGCGCAAGGCGGUUCACGACAUGCACAUAGAGUACGACCAGCUGGAAGAGACUCCGCACCUGCCCAAGUCGUACCAGGGCGGUGGUGGUGGCUCACAUCAUUCGACCUCCCUGACGCAGCUGAUCUUUUAAACCAUGCAAUGGCCUGCCACUUCACCCGCGUCCAGUGGCACUCCAGUCAUCAAACCUCAUCCUCAUCAUCCUCUUCAUCUUUGCGUCGUCGUAGUUGUGUUGUAGCUGGCUACACCCCGUCCCUCCGUCUCUUUUCUGGUCGUGGGCCGUGUAUAUACUAAUAGUGUCUUUGCCUGUGUAUAUCUGCUGUCGGUGUAUUCAGCUUAUAGGUGGUUUAGAUACCUGCUCUUGGAUGCAGUUCACAUUUCCCAAGUUUUAGCUUUUUCUACUUUUUUGGUCAGUUUGAUCCUUGCGUUCCCUUCACUAGUCUAGUUGGUUUUUCCCCAUCGUUCUUGACCGCCUCUGAGCCAUACGUCUAGUGACAACUUGACCUCAGCGUUCACAGCUGGCAUUUUGAGUGCUUGCUGCUGAUGUUUAUGUCUUGCAAAGCCAAUAGGCGUGAAGAUGAACAGUGAACAAACUGCUCCUUUA